AUGGCUUCUGCCGUAAAGACCGUGAGGAAUGGCGAAAUCGAUGGCCCGUGCCAAGUGGAACAACUGCCCUGCCAUGAGCCCUUUGAGCCCAAAGAACCUCGAGAACCACCUCGAAGUUCUGCGCUGCGGGGGCUUCUCUAUCAAAGGGAGAGGCCGGAUACUCCUUUCGUGCGAAGCCCGCAAGAGUCUGACGAUGAGGCGCAGGAGAGCGCCAGUCGAGCUCAGCCAAUCAGGUGCUUGGAAUACAGGCAACUUGAAACACUCCGAAACUGUCAGGAGAACGAUGUCCCCGCUGCGAAGAAGAUCUCCCAUCGAAGGAUGACUGGAGGCGCUUCGCCGCCGCGCUUCGCCGUGGCGAUGUCUAAGCGGAACGCGCACUACCGUGAUAUGGCAGCGGCCUUCCGUAAUGUUGCAGGUAUCAGUUCUGCUGCCUACGUGUGGCUGGACAAUGUGGGAAGGGAACUGGCCAAAGAAGAAAUGAAGGUGUUGGCAGCACUGCAGGGCAAAAAUGGCAAGGUAGGGAGGCAAGCUGAUCCCAUCAACAAGGUCAUCCUUUUGUACAGGCUCAGGAAGAAGCUUGACACAAGGAAGGUGGCUGUCACCGGCAGUAUCUUCAUUGGUGAGGUAUGA